AUGGCCGCCGAAGCUGCCAACCCCGCCGCACGCCGGCCACGCAAGAGGAGAAGGAGGCAGGCGUCGUACGACACCGACAGUGACUCGGCAAGCAGCAGCAGCGAUAGCGAUGACGACUCGGACAAGGAGGACGACAAGAAGGACAGCAAGAUGGAUGUUGACGGCGCGUCGUCGAGCGCAGCUUCGUCUUCAUCAGACUCGUCGUCUGACUCUUCAUCCGACUCUUCCGACUCGGACUCGUCCGACAGUGACAGCGACGACGACGUCAAGCCCGCCCCCAAGAAGGCGGCUCCCCAGCGUCCCCGCCAACCAACACUCUCCCCCUCGCCUCCUCCCCGCACCAUCCCUUCCUUCCUCCCAACGGCCGGAGCUGCCGAGGAGGACGACCGCCGCGCAAGGUUUAAGCGCAUCUACAUGGACAGGCUCGUCGAGGGCUUUGGUGGUGACUUGGAAGACUUGCGGAAGGCCGACCCCACUCUUGGCCCCGCCCGUCUCCAGCUCCUUAUCGACUCGCUUGCUGCCGGUGUCGACGUGUUUGCCGAGCCCGCCACUGGCGGCGUGGACGAGGUUGGCGUGAUUCUCAACGACUCGGCUUGA